AUGAAUCUCAAUAACCAAGGACAUAGCGAACAUCAGGAUUUGAUGUAUUCUGGCGAACAAGAACACGCGCAGCAAGGACACGGCGUGCCCGUUUCCAUGCAAGUGCAAUCACCACAAUCUUACCAUAUGUUGAGUGGCCAGCAUUCAGCUGGCCAGGUGAAUUCAGGCAACUCGAAUUCAGUCCCUGCGCAAUCUGGCGUUCAAUCUUCUCAAGCUGGCGCAGGCCAUCCGAUGGCCGGUGGUAAUGGCGCCGGUUAUUCGCAGUACCAAUUCCAUAACUACUUUGCUCCUCAGAAUUCGAUGGGUGGUGUCGCGAAUUCGUCUGAACAGGGCGUGUCGUCUUUACCGCUGCAGAUGCAGAUGCAAAUGCCCAUGCCAGGCCAUCAGGUUUCUGACGCGAUGUUGAACCAGAUCUUGGCGCAGUUUAAUCAAAGACAGCAGAAUCAACCGGGGUCUCAGCAGCAGCAGCAAGCGCAGGUACAAGCGGCGCAGGCUCAGGCUCAGGCGCAGGCACAAGCACAGGCUCAAGCUCAAGCCCAGGCUCAAGCUCAAGCCCAGGCUCAAGCUCAAGCCCAGGCUCAAGCACAAGCCCAGGCCCAUGCUUCCAUGCAACAGCAUUAUGGUCAGGCUGCUGGUCAGAUUUCCCCUAGGUACUACGCACAGCAACAGAUAAUGGAUUCUCAGGUCCAAAUACCAAGCCAGUUCCAGUUUUUGGGUGGUCAAAGCGGCGGUAGUGGUAGCGGUGCUGUUAACGCGGCUGGCGUUCCAGGUGGUGCUGGUGCUCAAAGACGCGGUGGUAAUCAACCAGGACCCAAAUCUGGGAAAAGAUCCGCUGGGUCGGCAUCUCCUUCCACCAAUGGAUCCGGGAAAACUGCCCAACCUCCUGUCAAGAAACUUUCCAUUACUCAAACACGUAUCGCAAAACGUAAAGAAUUGAAGAAACAAGGUCCCAAGAGACCUUCGUCCGCUUAUUUCUUGUUCUCCAUCUCGAUUCGUCCAGAACUUUUAAAGCAAUACCCUGAUGCAAAAGUGCCAGAACUAUCAAAAUUAUCGAGUGCCAAAUGGAAAUCUAUGACCGACGAGGAAAAGAAACCUUUCUUCGAUCAAUUUAAGACCAACUGGGAGAAAUAUAGAAUCGCUAGAAAGAAAUACGAGGAGACUUUGCCUCCAAAGAGACCUUCCGGUCCCUUCUUACAAUUCACAAAGGAUAUACGACCAUUACUCGUGGAAGAACAACCAGAUAAGACUUUGAUCGAAAUCACCAAACUGAUUGGUGAAAAAUGGAGAGAAUUGGACGGCCCUUCCAAACAAAAAUACACAGAUUCCUACAAGUUAAAAUUAAAGGAAUGGGAAGAAUCUUAUGCGGAACAUGAAGCUGAAGCUGCUGCAGAAUGA